AUGAAUAGAGAAGUAGAUGAAUAGGCUCAGUAUCAAGAGCUUAACGAGAAUGAAAAUAUCUUGCCUAAAAAUUACUCAAAUCUCAGAAGUUAGUCUACUCUUAGGGGGCAGAAGUAAUAGAAUGCCUACUCAAGAUUGACAGAGACCAGCAGCGUUUGGCAUUUGGUGAUCUUCUCAGCAGCUAUCGUAACAAUAGUGCUGGCAGAAUAGCUAUAUCGUGAACCACUUUUUAAUCUCACUCUCAGAGUAGUACCUGAUGUCUAAAAAGAUAUCAGUGAUUUCGCACUAUACUACUUCAAGUUUAUGACUCUAUUUGGAUAUGGGCACUUUGCAGUUGGAGUGUUUGUGCUAUUUUUCACCUUUUCAACCAGAGAGAAAGCCUUUUAUCUUCUACUAGUUCAUACUGUGGCAGGUAUUCUCAACUAAGAGCUCAAGAUCAUAUAUCAUAAUCCGAGACCUUACAUAAUGUCUCCAGAUGUCCAAGCUUUAGCUUGCUCUAAAAGUUUUGGCAACCCAAGUGGCCACUCUAGUCUUUCAGCUUGCUACUUCGUCACAUUAUUCCUGGUCAUAUAUCAUGACACGCCUUUUAAAUCCCACAGAGAACAAAAGCAUUUCUCUUAUUAUUUAGCGCUAAUUGGAGUCAUAUUUAUGGUCAUAAAUGUGCCUAUGAGCAGAGUAGUACUUGGAGUGCAUGGCUUAAACUAGAUUCUUUAUGGAAUGACUUACGGGCUUUGGCUAGCUCUCUUUAUGUUCCAGUAUGUUCGACCAGCUGUUUACAGACAUGUUAAGAAGCUAUUAGAAUUCAAUAACCCUUCUUACUACAGAACAUUUGGAGUGAUGGUAGAACCUGCCAACAUCGAUCAUAUGAACUAUGCUUUCAAGUGUCUUGGCAUUUAUGCAGGAAUAGUUAUAUUUUCUACUUUGAACUACUAUAUUGUAAGAAGCAACUUUGAAUACCCCUAGGAGUGGCUUGAUGCGAUUAUAUUAAAGUGUAAUGAAGGUAAACCCUUGGAAAUAAAAGGCAUAUUUGCAGAUAGUGCCUUCGUUAAAACAGGUCUAGUCUCUAUCAUAUUUGGUGCUUACCUAGGAAUGCUGUAUGACUCAUUCUAUAUGGGCGGCACUCCUUCAACAAUCAAUGACACAUCCUCUUUAAAGGGAAUACUCAGGUUGUUAAUUGGUGGAUUGGUCAUUAUUCCCUUCACUCUGCCUUAUUUGCUUAUCGGUUCCUCCUUAAGCGUUGGACUGCUUUAUUUCAUUAAGUCAGCUCUGCCAUUCUUCAUGGUUGGAUUCAUAAUGUUUUCUUGGCUUAAGAGUGUGUAUAUAGUUGCAGAAGUAAUCAACACUAACACUUGA